UAAGGAGUAAGCAAGGUUCUCUGUCAAGGAGACAGUUGCUGCGCAGAGCAAAGGAGAGAGCGGGGACGGAGGGAGCUCGCUGUGGAAAAGAGAGGGAGACCAGGCUGUGAACUGAAAAGCCAAAAAGGCAAUACCCCUAAAGGACUACAACCACAAAAAACCCCUCACACAAUCUGCCACACCAACAUCUGCACAGCAAACAGAACCGCAGAGUCAUCCUGGAGUCCCUAAAGAGCGGACUACUCUAACUCGCAGUUCUGGAUUCAGACCCAACGCUGGCACCCGUUCCAUGAGGAGACAAGAGAAGGGCUUCCGCUGAGUCAAAGGCAGCGCUGGGUUAACGGAGGCGGACCAUGCUCCUCACACUGCCCAUGCUGCUGCUGGUGCUGCCUGGAGCCUCUCACAGCUCGCUGGUGAAAACGAACCUGGGGCUGAGGGUGAAGAGGGGCCGGUCGGCGUGCCUUCAGGAGGGGGACCUCCAGUUCCACAUCCCCCAUGUGAAGGACGCCUGCAAGGUGGAGGUGGUGCUCAAUGAGCCAAUCACGCAGAGGGUGGGGACUCUGUCGCCUCAGGUAUUUGACUGCCAUUACCUUGCUGAUGAGGUGAAGUAUGUUCACAACGGCUGCCCCAUACUUAAGGAAGAUACUGUCAAACUCCGACUCUACAGGUUCACAGAGACAGAGACGUUCACUGAGGUCUUCUCACUCCGUGUGGAGGUCAUGGAGCCCGACUGCAACAUCAUCAAACCAGGUCUCAAGUCGCUGGUGGUGCCAGAAUUCUACGGCCUGUCAGACACGCUGGACGGAAAUGUGCUGUCCUUCCACUAUGAGAGGAUGACCAGUCUGGAGUGUAGCAUCCACGUGGACACCCAUGAGACCCACUUACCAGCUCAUGGUCAGCUAGUUACUGGAGAGCCGAAGCAGCUGGAAGCUCGAGGAGAUGAACCAGAGAGCUUCAUUCCUCUCCGCCAGAAGCUAGAUAAUAAGGCCAGGGCCAUGUGUAAGACUGAAGACUGCCUCAGGGGCCUGAAGCUGGCAAAGGUUACCAAAGUGCCCUGUGAUGAGUUCCUGCUGAUGGGCCUGAGGUACCAGCACAUCGACCCGCCCUCCCCAGAUGUAGAUUACAUCGCCAUCCGGCUGGACCUUACUGACACCAGGAGUGGUGGCAUAUACCAGUCCGAGCGAGUCUGGAUACCGAUCCACAUCACCGGUGCUGUCCACAACCAGCCGCCCAAGCCAGCAUUCAUGUCCAUGUUCCUCCUGGAGGUAGACCAAUUCAUCCUCACGCCACUCUCCACUGCCACCCUGGACGCAGAUGACGGGGAGACCCCCAAGAAGCUCCUGGUGUUUAACGUCACCAAGCCCCCUUCAGAGGGUUUCAUUACUCAUCUGUCGGACCACACUCGGCCAAUCUCCUCCUUCACCUGGGUGGACCUCAACGACAUGCUCAUCGGCUACCAGCCGCCCAACUCAUCCCACACCCAGCGCAGGAACUAUGAGGCGGAAUUUGAAGUACAUGACUUUUUCUUUGAGAAAAGCCCCCCCAUUGUGGUCCAUAUGUCCGUCAGAACAGCAGACACCAAUGCACCCAGGGUGUCCUGGAACAUGGGUCUUAGUCUCCUUGAGGGUCAGUCUCGUCCAAUCACGUGGGACCAACUCCAGAUUGUGGACAACGACAACCUGAAGGCCGUACGCGUCAUCACUGUGGACGGCCUCCAGCAUGGCAGAUUAACGCUGAAAGGCGGCAAGGGAUUUAUGUUCACCGUGGCGGACAUCCACGCCGGCGACGUGCGGUACCACCACGACGACAGCGACACCACCAAGGACUUUGUCAUCUUUCGAAUCACGGACGGUCGCCACCAGACCAGGCACAAGUUCCCCAUCAACAUCCUGCCCAAGGAUGACAGCCCACCGUUUCUCAUCACCAACACAGUUCUGGAGCUUUCUGAGGGUCACACAGCUCUGCUGAGGGGAUCCGUCCUGCAGGCCUCGGACAUGGACUCCAGCGAUGACUACAUUCUGUUCAACGUCACCCGGCCUCCACAGGCUGGGGAGCUCAUGAAGAUCCCUGGUCCUGGACUCACUGGGUAUCCUGUCAGCCGUUUCUUGCAGAAGGAUCUGUUCCACUCCGUGGUCUACUACCGCCAUCUAGGGAAUGAGGUGUUUGACGACUCCUUCGAAGUGGUGCUCUCCGACUUCCAUGACCCACCGAACCUUUCAGAACCUCAGGUCAUCGUGGUGCACAUCAACCCCGUCCCUGACCAGCCACCCAAAGAGGUCCCCGGCGUGACCCGGUGCCUGGUGGCCAGGGAGACGGAAGUGAUCCACCUGACAAAGAAGCAGCUCCACUUCACCGACCCAGAGUCGCCGGACAGUGAGCUCACAUACACGGUCACCACUCCGCCCUUCUUCGUCCACACCUAUGGGGGUCAUGAUGCCGGGAGGCUCUUCCUGGUCGACAGCAUCCCCACAUUUAGAAAGGACCCCGACGCACCCGUGCUAAGGCUUUUCACACAGCACGCUGUCAACCACAUGAAGGUGGCCUACAUGCCACCCAGUGUGGACAUUGGGCCUUACCCACAGCACAUCCAGCUGGUGCUCUCUGUCACCAACCAACAGGGCACCACCGUGCCUGGCAUCUGCUUCAACAUCACAGUGCUGCCCGUAGACAACCUGGCCCCAGAGGUGCACAUGAAGUCGCCGUCGGUGGACGAGGGUGGGGAGUGCUUGGUCGGUGUUCACCAUCUCCAGCUGACUGACCAUGACUCCAUGGAGGACCAGCUAAGGGUAGAGCUGAAGAAGGAGCCCCAGCACGGAGCUGUUCAGCUGGAUGGCUUCCCCAUGAAACCGGGCCAGUCCUUUACUGUUCGCGACCUGAAAAGCCUAAAAGUUAGAUAUCGUCACGACAGCUCGGAAACGGUGGGAGAUACCAUUGAAUUCAUCGCUACGGAUGGGAUCAACCCAGUCGAAUUUGUUCUGGAAGUGAAGGUGACACUGGUCAAUGACGAGGUUCCGGUUCUCAUGCCGGACCUGAAGCCUGUAUUGGACUGUGCAGAAGGACAGGAAGUCAUCAUCACCGUUGAAUACAUCUACGCCACCGACGUAGACAGCGAUGACGGCGGUCUGACCUACAUGAUUGCCCGGCAGCCACACCACGGCGUAGUGCGCAAAAACGCUGUUGUGGUCGAUCGCUUUGUUCAGGCGGACAUCGUAGCGGGGAUUAUCACCUACAAGCACACAGGAGCAGAGAUUGGGCUAAGCCCACGACACGACACCAUCACGUUCGUCAUAUCGGACAGCCAGGCAGAGAACGCCCCGUUGUGCUGCGGUGGCCGAGGGGACACAUUCAAAGGGCACCAGACAUCCAUCCAGGAAAGCCUGCCUCUGUAUGACCUGAAGGUCACUGUGUUCCCCGUGGACAGCCAGACACCUUCUAUUGGUACAGGAGAAAUAGUUGUGGUGGAUGAGGGGGGUGUGGCUCCGAUCACUGCAGCCCACCUCAGGGCCUUGGAUGUGGACACUCCUCUGGAUGUGCUGGUGGUCAGUCUGGUCGUUCCUCCCCAGUAUGGUUACAUUGAGAAUACGCUGCCCAGCCCUGGCUUUGAGAAAAGCAACACAGGCAUCAGUAUUGCCUCCUUCUCCUACGGGGACAUCCUGAAAGGACAUGUGAACUACGUCCAGUCCAGACACCAGAGGAUCGAGCCAACUGCUGACCAGUUCAUCCUCUGCGUCUCUGACGGGAAACACACCUCUGCCAAUGUCCCCUUCUACAUCCUCAUUAGCCCCAUCAAUGAUGAGGUCCCGGAGUUCCUCGCCAGAAACAUCACGGUACAAGAGGGACACAUGAAACAGCUGGAUCCUGCUGUUAUAAAUGCAGUGGAUCUAGACAUCCCUAAGAACGAACUGAAGUUCAGCCUGAUCCAGGCCCCACAGCACGGUUCCAUCAUGGGCCGAACGUAUGGCAGCGGUCUGCCCCCUAACGGAGGAACCAACCACAGGCAUUGGGACGCUGAGGUUCUGGUCCAUGACUUCACCAUGGAGGAACUAAGAAACGGUAUGUCCCUGAUGUACAUGCAUGACGACUCUGAGAACAUGGUGGACACCUUCACCAUCCAGCUGACCGAUGGCAAACACCAGCUCCAGAGACAGGUGACCGUCAACGUCCUUCCAGUCAAUGACGAGGAGCCUCGGGUUGUAAGGAACAACGGCCUGGAGGUGGAGGCGGGAGACGCCAGGCUGAUCUCCAGUGCCAGUCUGUUCGCCCAGGACGGUGACACCCCUUCCCAGGAGAUCGUCUACAUGUUAGAGAAGGUUCCUACUCAGGGCCUCCUGCAGGUUAAGGUAGGCUCUGAUUGGGUGACCCAGUCCGCCGGGAUGACUUGCACCCAGGAAACGGUGGACAUGAAUCGGCUGCGCUACCUCCACACGGGUCCCCUAGGGGCAACACAGGACUUCUUUACGUUUCAUCUGCUGGACGGGAAUAACCGCUCCCCCGCACAGCACUUCCACAUCUCCCUCAAGGACAUGGAGAAAGGAAACAUUGCCAUCUUUGUCAAGCCGGUGAAAACCAGCCGUGGCGAGCGCGUGAUCCUUACCACGGACGUUCUGUUGGCGACAGACGGUACGGACAAACCCGAAGAGCUGCUCUACAUCAUCACGGUCCCACCCAGACACGGCCACAUGGAGUACAUCAAGCACCCCGGAGUGGCCAUCAGCACCUUCAGUCAGAUGGACAUCGCUGCCAACCUGGUGGGCUACGUCCACGACAACCGAGGCACCGCACAGCUCGAGAGACUACAGUUUGUCAUCAGCAAUGGCAAGACCACCCGUAACGGCACCCUGGAGAUCUCGGUGGAGACCACGGACCGCAUUCUGCCCUCCCUGGUGUCGAACAGCGGCCUGAGAGUCCCCCAGGGCUCCUCUAUGGUGCUGACCCCCCAGGCCCUUGCCCUGUCCGACCCCGACACCCCACCCGCUGACCUGACCUUUGUUGUGGCCCAGCCCCCACAGUAUGGCGCCCUGCUCCGGGGGGGGGUCCCGCUGGCUGCCGGGGGCAACUUCACCCAGUGGGACCUGCAGGAGCAGGGGGUGACUUACACCCAUAGCGGUGGCCCCUCGGAGAUCGACCGCUUCGCCUUCACGGCUUCGGAUACCACCGACAGGGGCUUCCUGCUGGAGGGGAGGUUGCAGACGGAGCCUGUGGUCUUCACCAUUCAGAUCGAGCUGUUGGACAGCACGGCCCCGGAAGUGGCGCAGCUGCAGUCUCUGUGGAAGGCCGAGGCCCUGUCUGACGGUCGCUACGGGAUUUACCUGUCGUCCCGGGAGCUCAGAGCGCAGGACGCCAACACCAAGGACGAAGACCUCACAUUCCACAUUCACAGACCGCCAUACUUCGGAUACCUGGAGAACAGUGCGACAGGCAGCUUCGUCCAACAGCGUUUCACUCAGUGGGACCUGAACAGGAGGACCAUCGUGUACGUUAUAGACCCAGCGACGGAAGCACUGUCAGACAGUCUGGAGUUCAGAGUUUCUGACCCUCUGGGGAACACCGGGCCCUCCCACACGCUGGAGCUGAAGUGGUGCCGUGUGGAGCUGGCUGGGUCGGAGUACCAGGCUUGUGAGGACGAGGGCGCCGUCUCACUGGACAUCCUACGGAAAGGCAGCGUGGCUGACUCCUCCUACAUCACCAUCAAGGUAAGAGAAGGCACCGCGACCGCUGGGAAGGAUUUCAUUCUGAGCCCAUCCAGCCUAAUCCAGUUUGAUCCGGGUGUUUCUAAACGGAGCUGGCGUAUAGAAAUCACCCAAGACCAUCUGGAGGAGGCGGAGGAGACAUUUGAAGUCGUGCUAGUGGCCCCCGAGGGAGCCCUGCUGGGCAGCACCUCCAAAGCUCUGGUCAAGAUUAGAGACGCAGGAAAAGGACAAUGUGGAGCCGGUCAGGGCCCUGCGAGCUCCAGUCUUGGGGGAAAGCAGGUGCAGGCCGGGCCCUACCCCCAACACGGCUCCAUUCACCUGGAGGCCUUGCCUCUCGCCCCGGUGGACCAGCAGGUGACCUGGACCCUGGGCGAUGGCGUCUCCCAGGCGGUCCCAGCUGACGUGCACGCUACGGUGCCGGUCGAACCCAGGAAGAUUCUCAGAGUUGUGGGCAACAGAAAGGCUAUUGCACCAUCGUCAGUCCAUCGUAAUGGAACAGACACUGUGUUCACGUACCACGGGAUCACGUCCUUACGAGUGGAGGAUGAGACGUCUCCAUCCCGGAAGGGAAGGAAAGCUAAUAUUCAGGUGACCAGCAGGGGGCGGCAGUGGGCCCCCCAACCAUUGGCUCUGAAUCAAAAGCCUGUCCCUGUCCCUAAAAUGAACGGUGACAGUCUGCUCCCACGUUCAGAGACAGCGCCAGCCACCGUAAAGGAGCUUCCAGGUAACUUUAGCCCUAAACCCUGUGUCCCAGGGCUGAUGGGGCUAUUGCAUUUCAACCAGAGCUCAGGCCGACUCCACUACUGCAACGGGGUCUCCUGGAGGCCUUGGGCACCCACUGAUGAGAUGGUCAGGGGUCAGGCGUGUGGUAAGGGCUGGACCUAUCACAACGGCUACUGCUUCCUCCUGAGCACCGAGCGCAAAGCUACGUGGAGCACCGCCUUCAAGGCGUGUCGGGAGAGUCACCAAGCCAGUCUGGUGAGCAUUUCCUCCAAGGCCGACAUGGACUGGUUGUGGGACUUCAGUGAAAGGAAACCGUUCUGGAUAGGCCUGAACGACAGGGAGAGCCGGGGCCGCUGGGAGUGGGCGGGCGGAGAGCCUGUCACCUACACCAACUGGAGGAAGAGCCCAGCCCGGGGGACGAGGAAGGGGACCAAAAGGUGUGUUCUGGUGUGGAGGAAGGCCAAGUGGCAGCCCAGAGACUGUAAGGCCGGCAAGGGACAUCGCUACGUGUGUUACCUCAAGACGUGACCCACAAGGGGACCUCUACGUCGGAUUUAGAACCGGAGCGGCUUCGUUUCCAUUCGCCGUGGCGACACGAGAGGAGGCGAAUGGCAGCAAAGGCCACACAUUUAACCAAUCGAGUCCCAUCAACCAAUCGAAAAGGUACCCAAAGGACAUGUUUUCCUCUUCUGUUACUCUGGCGCGGCUGCAAUACAGUACAUCUGCAGUAAAUGGGGGCAUUUGUUUCCAGUUAAGACAUGAGGUCGUUGGUGAAUGAGGUAUUUCAAAUGCAGUGUCUAUUCAAGCGACGGUCGUUUUAAAAGGGACAGUUCAUGCAAAUGAGCCUCCAACGCUCAGUGGAAUGACCAUGUACAGAUUCUGUUCAGCUGUGUAGCAUUGUUCACAGCCUUACUAGAUACUGGUAACUGCUGUACUUGUCAUUCUGCAACAUUUAACGUCUAACAGAUUGUACUGUGAUGCAUAACUCGUAAUGUGUAUAUUUUAAGCAUUAUUUGAUUAAACCGAGUCAGUGGGAGCAAGGUUGUAUUCAAAUAGCAACACUGUAUUUUUUUGCUUUUCAUACAGAAUUACUGUUGGAUGAAUAACUACAUGACUCAGGUGAAUCUCAUCAAACGUGAAACCUCAUGGUUCUAGCUGUAGUCCCCAUUAUCCCACGUAACUAGUCACAGGACAGUCAUCUGCUGUGGAACGUGUAGUUGUGGGAUCCCUUGAUACAUUCAUGUAAUCUUUACUACUCAAUUAUUGUACAGAAUUGUAUUUUCAUAUUCCAUUUAAGUGUUAUGAUCUGUGUGUGUGCCAAUAUUUCAUGAAGUUGUAUAUCA